CGCCGGGGAAACGAAACUGAAACGUGCCGGGGUAUUUGUCACCCCCGCACCGGAGACCCUGCACCCCGGUACUGCUUCCCUCGCACCCCGCCACCGGGACCCCCGGCACGGACACCCGCAGCACUGCUUCUCCCCGGUACCGGGACCCCCUCAUCGGGCGCUGACACCCCUCAGCACGGCUUCUCUCGCACCCCGGCACCGGGACCCCUUUACCGGCACUGACACCCCCAGCACCGCCUCUCCCCGGUACCGGGACGCCCGCCCCGGCACUGACAACCCCCGCACUGCCUCUGCCCGGUACCGGGACCCCCUCACCGGGCGCUGACACCCCCAGCACCGCCUCUCCCGCACCCCGGCACCGGUAUCCCCGUACUGGCACUAACACUCCCCAGAACCCCCUCUCGCACCCCGGUACCGGGACCCGCGCACCGCGAGCUCGGCUGCCCCCGGUCCCUGCUCCGGCAGGGUCGGAGCCGGCCAGAUCUCCCGGCGCCGCUGGACACGCAGGGACCGACCCGCCGGGCACCCAGCAUGGCCAUCAAGACGCCCUGGCUGCCCCUGGCAUGGCUAGUGGCCACAGCCGCGGUCACUGUCACCCCGGUGCUCGCUCUGGAGGCCUCUCCCAGCUGGAUGCCACUGCUCAGAGAGACCCCGACACCUCCUGUGCCUCCUGUGCCCCCCGCUCGUACCCCGGCUCCCUCGCAGGAUGUGCUGCCCACCCCCAGCGCUCACCCCGAGGGGCUGCCGGGCUGGGGUGUCACAGAUGUGACAGCGCCGGAGGGGGCACUGGAGGAGCUGCACACCGCAGCCAAUGGCUGGAGUGUCACAGAUGUCCCCAGCCCCAGCCCCGCAGCGCCGGAGUGGGCACUGGAGGGGCUGCACACCGCAGCCAAUGGCUGGGGUGUCACAGAUGUCCCCAGCCCCAGCCCCGCAGCGCCGGAGUGGGCACUGGAGGAGCUGGACACUGCAGCCCAUGGCACCACGGCAGUGCCCACGCCCGGCACCAGCGCCCCGCCGUGCCCUGGGGAUGAGGAGCCGACCGACACCUGCGGGAAGCCCACGAGGGAGCAGCGGGCUGCCGUGGCCGAGGCUCUGGGCACCUUUGCCCUCCACUUCUACCAGCGCAUGGCAGAGCAGGCCGAGCCCGACGCCAACCUACUCUUUUCCCCCAUCAACGUCGCCACGGGGCUCUCGCACCUGCUGCUGGGCGCCCGCGGAGAAACCCAGGAGCGUCUGGCCGCCCUCCUGGCGUACCCGCAGGAGCUGCACUGCGUGCACGGCGCCCUGCAGCAGCUGGCCAGCACGCCAGGCCUCUUCUCGGCCGCCCAGAUCUUCCACCACCCAGAGCUGCAGAUCCGGCCCCGCUUCCUCAACGACUCCCUGCGCUUCUACGGCGCCCGCCCGUACGCCCUGAGCGGCAACGAGAGCCUGGACCUGCAGCGCAUCAACGCCUGGGUGCGGGAGGCCAGCAAGGGGCUGCUGCCCUCGCUGCUUUCCGCGCUGCCCCCCGAGCCCAGCCUGCUGCUGCUCAGCGCCGUCCACCUGCGCGCCGCCUGGCGCACGCCUCUGGACCGCAAGAAGACGGUGCUGUUGCCCUUCCUGCGGCCCGGGCAGCGCCCCCGCAAGGUGCCCACCAUGACCAGCGCCAAGUACCCGGUGGCCUCCUUCACCGACUCCCGCCUGCGGGUCCAGGUGGGGCGGCUGGAGCUGCACGGGGGGCUGAGCCUCGUGGUGUUGAUCCCGCGGGAGCCCCUGGAGCCUCUGGAGAGCCUGGAGCGGGCGCUGGACCCCGCCACCUUCCUGGCGCUGCUGCGGCGGGCGGCCCGCACCCCGCCCCGGGCCACCGCCCUGUCCCUGCCCCGCCUGCGCCUCGACCUCGCCCUGGACGUGGUGCCUCUGGUCCACGACAUGGGUAAGGACACCUCUGGUGGCACCACAGGGGCUGGCUGGGCCGCGGGGUCACAUCGCUCCCGGUGCGGUGACCUUCCUCCCUGCGGGACCUCACGGGCCCCUCCCCUCCCCCGGGGGCCACUUUCCCCAGGGUCCCCAAAGGCCACAAUGUCCCCGGUAUCCCCUGAGACCCCCCCCACUCCCGUGUCCCUGGCGUCCCCCAUGUCCCCAGUGCCCCGGAUGUGCCCCGCUCCCCCCAGCGCCCCUAAAUGUCCCCUUACUUCCCAGUAUCCCCAAAUUAUCCCCAGCGGCCCGAACAUUCCCCAUCUCCCCGGUGUUCCCCAAUCCCUGAGUGUCCCCUGGCGCCCCCCAGUGUCCCCGCUGUGUCCCCGCCGUGUCUCCUCUGUCCCCACUGUCCUUCGUGUCCCUGCGUCUCCAUGUCCCCGUCCCUCCGGUUUUCUCCUGACCCCCCGUGCCCCCGGGUCCCCUCGGUGUCCCCUCGUCCCCCGCUGCCCCCGUGUUCCGCGGGAGUGGCGCUGAGGCCGGUGCCGCAGAUUUCGGGCUGUUCCUGGACGCGGAGCUGUGCGGGCUGGCGCGGGGCCCGGCCGUGGUGGACACUGCGCGGCACCGGGCGGUGCUGGC